UUGCAAUCACGUGAUCUGUUUUGACAGUAGCCAUAUUUAGAUCAAGAGUCGACGGUGGAGUUGGAAACUGCAUUAGAAUGUCAUUACCAGGAAAGGACACGGGCCCAUAUAUGUAAACCACACCUUCUGUGUGCCACUUCUGUAUGAAAAUGUCGGUCUCACAGGGCAGUGUAAUUGCGUCUGUGCAUUUGCAGACAUUUUGUGUUUGACAGUUGGCGCGCCUCGAUUUGUUGACACGUCAAAUUCAGUCCCAAAUUCAGUCACAUCGAACGUGCAAACUUGUGGAAUUACAUUGCAUUUACCGACAACCAUUGCAAGCAGUUCCGUUAAUUUUCAUAUAUUUUUGCCCGCUAUUCAUUCACCUCAAAUUUGAUUAAGAUCUUUGAAUUCGGAUAAUAUUCGACAACAAUUAAGAAUGUGGCUGAAGUUGGUUUUAGUGAUAAUGUAUGUGAUGGUCUUGUUCGUCCUGGCUCGCAUUCUCGAGACCGUGACCUGGGCUGAGUCUGGUAACAUAUCCCGUCGACUCUUGGAUCCAAUGACGAUGUCGGUGCUGAAGUUGAAAGCCCUGCUUGAACAAAGGGGUAUAAGCUAUGAGGGUGCUGUGGAGAAAAGGGAGCUUGCCGACCUUGUAGAGUCCACUGGUCCUGUCAUGGAGGAAGCAAGCCCUGAGGCAGCCCUGGAGGAAAACUCCAGCAUGACCAACUUCACAGGGGAAGCUCAUUUCCUGGAGCAGGUCGAAGACUCCAAAGACAGUGUUUGGUUGGUUGAAGUUCUCAGCAAAGGUCGUCAAAUCAGCGCCCUCUCUGAUACAAGCUGGCUAGAAUUUCGAAAAAAAAUGUCAAGAUUUGGAGUCAAUGUGGGAAUUUUUGACUGUCAUCUUGAUAGAAAAUUUUGUUCCAAGAAACAUUGGCACGAUUCUCAUCUUAUCCUUGGUCUUCCUCAAGAAUUCAAAACCAAGGCAGUAGUUAAGUUAUACAGUUACCAAGGCCAGUAUCGUCAACAGAACAUAUUCAAUUGGAUAAAGGAAACAAUGUCGAAAAAGGUAUAUCGGAUCCGCUCAUGUGAAGAACUGAAGAGGGAAUGGCUGAAAUUCAAUCAAGGAGAUUCUACUGCAGAGAUCCGCAUGGUCAUGUUUUCUGACAUAAAAAAUCCGCCUUUGUUUUUCUCUGCAGUAAGCAUUAAGUUUCCAGGGAGAGUGAAGUUUGGCAUCAUGAACAAUAAGUCGCUGCUUAAGAAAGACAUUUUGAAGGAGUUUGACUGGGGUAUUCCCCCUAGAUAUGUUAUAAUUACUGCAGAGGAAGUUACUGUAUAUGGUAAUAAGACUAUAGAAAACAUCACUUACAAAUCCAUGGAAGUUUUUCUGAAGACGCUAUACCCAAGUUUGAAUGACAUUUUUGUAUUGAGUUUAGUACUCUGUAAUUUCACAAGCUUAUUUGAACCAUUUCUUGUGCAAGGAUCAGUGUUAAAGAGACUUUUUAAGUUUAUUGUUUGCAUCUUAAAAAAUAACACUGUUCUUUUGUUAUCUUGGAUAAUAUUGUUGACAGUUUUCCAACUCAAUACAAUUUCAUUUAUGAUAGAAUUUGGAUUGAAAUGUAUCCGCAUUCUUGGACUUUCUGAAGUUGGUUCGUACAUACGACAAGAUUAUAGUUUCUAUACCGCUCAUAAAUAUUUUAGCGGAUUUUCGUUUGUUAUGUACGUUUCCAUUGUGGGGAUUUUGGUGUAUAGAUUUAAAGAUCAUGAAGCUGAGCAAUUCAAUCCAAAUGAGUGGAACUUUUCCGAAUUUCGAACUUUGGAACAUUUAUUUUAUCCAACAGCAAGUCUUUUCUUGGCAUCUCAGAGAAGAAGAUUCAUCGAUUAUGAGGAUAUGCCUGAUGAUACGGUCAUGAUUUCGACAGAUUACAUCUGUAACCUUCCUGUUUGGAACCACAAACUACUUCCAAUUGUCAGCUAUAACAAAGGAACUUUUCAAGAUGCACAUUUCGAUAGUGAAUCAGAAAGGAUUUCAUCCCAAGAUGAUUCAAACAACAGUGAAAAUAAGGUUGUCUUCCAUGAAGAAAAAUAUCAGGAAGUUAAUCAAAAGGAUGGGCCUCUUAACGGUGUUUGUUGUGAGGAUGGUAGGAAAGAAAUGUCUGAAUUGAAGUCGGAGGUGCAAACAAGCAUGAAAGUGGAUAAAGCGGUAGCAAGUAAUGGGAAAUCCAAACAAAACACUGAUAAUACUAAUGGUGCUGUGUCGGACCAGGCAAUAAAUCCAAAGCACAUCUGUGAUGAUGACAUGAAACAAAAUGGGGUGCUGUGCGGGGCUCCCGAGGGAAUGCUGGUGGAGAUCCGAUGUGGCAUCUGUCUUGAGGAAUAUGAGAUGGACACAAAGCUUUGUGGACUGCCCUGUGGUCAUUGUUUCCAUCGUACCUGUAUCCUGACCUGGUUGGUUAAGGAUACUAGUAAUGAUAACCACUUUUGCCCAUUUUGUCGCUGGCCGUCGUACAAACAGAAGCAGGCAGUUCAUCUUCACCAAGAGUAGUAUCAAAAGUCAUGUAGUAACUUGUUCUAUACUGUAACCUUCAGCAAGUUUUCAAAAUGGUAUAUUAGAGUCUAAUUAACAGAAGCCAUUUAUGGUUUUUACUCCAGAUGGUAAUUUUGAAUUGCUUUGUGAAAUUUACUUUAAAUUUGCAAAAUAGAAUGGCAAGGAUGGUGUUCAUAAAUGCAUUGAAUGACCUAUCGUGCUAUAUAUGAGCCCAAUGAUCCUACCAUGUGCGUAUUGUAAUUUGAGAUUGAUCAGAAAUCAAGAUAACUGUCUCUUGGCGAUAGACAGUUCAAUAUAUCUCAAGAAUCAAUAGGACAUUCUGAUUGGGUUUUCUCACGUUUAAUUUGUUGUAGGUUUCCAAUAAUACCUGCUAUAUUUAUAUUUUAUUCAUCAUCUUGGCCAUUCUAAAGACAUCUUGUUAAAUAUUAACUUAUUUAUAAUUUAAUCAUGACUCAUUCAGAGAUCAGGUAGAUUGAAUAAGAAAACUAUGGUGAUUACAAAAAUGUAUCAUGUUAUAUUUGAAUUCUGUAUAUCAUGUGAAUAGAAGCAUGUUUUUGUCUAAAUUUUGUCUAGAUCUGUACUCUUUCAUUGGUUGUCUAUAUUUGCUAAUAUGUAUUCACCUUUUAGGAUUUUUGUUUUACAUUUCAGCUUUGUGGCAUACAUAUAAAGGAAGAAAAAAGUUUCUUUAGAUAUGGUGAAUCAUUGAUAAUUAAGAAGUUUGUUGCAUUAAACCUGAUUUGAGAUUUGAUAUCGGUUAAUGUCCUGAAGCUUUAUUUGAUUCUGUACAUGUAAUCCUAUGAAAACUAGUGAUACUAUAAUCGUAACCAUAUACAUGUAUUUAAGCAUUGAACGGCUUUCAGUUGGCAUUCAUAGUCAAUAUGAAUGCCAACUGA